AUGACACUAUUUGCAUCAAUCUCAUCAAUUUCAAAUCCAUCAACAAGUUCAAAAUCCAGUAUCGUAUCAUUUGGUAGUGGAACAAGUAUGGGUUCAAAUUCAAUUGCAUGUGGUGGUUGUGGAGGUGGAAGUGGUGGUAUUCUUGGUUCAGGUUUAGGUUUUGGUUUAGGAUUAGGAUUAAAUUUAAGUGGAGGCUUUAGAUCAAGAGGUGCAUGUCGUGGUAAUAAUGGUGGUUCUGGCUAUCCUGGUAAUGGAGGUAUGGGUGGAGGAAAUGGUUCAUGUUGUGGUAUUUAA